AGUAGGAGUGAUGUUGCUGGCAUUCUCGGAAUUGGAUGGAAAAUAGAUGAUGACGAUGAAGACGGAAUCAACCCAUUGUUACCACUCCAGCCAACCAAAGGUGGGUUAUAUCCACAAACCCGAGCUCUGGUCAAAUGGAGAGAUGGGACUCGCACUGUCGAAGGAAGAUCAUUUAUCAGGCGAAUCACCAUGGGAUCAAGUCUGGACGGUGAUAAAACGAUUUAUCAGAAAGCCAUGGAAAUGGAGAAAGCCUACCGAGAGGACCAAGGCCUGGAUGAUUAUGAAGAUGAUGUCACAAGCCAGGAUCCUAAGGCUUCCGAGAAGCUACAUCGAUACAA